AUGAUGUCUCAUUCUGCUAGAAGCGACCACAGUGAGACGAUUAGACUACAAGAAGAUUCGUCAAUAAUUGAAAAGAACUCUCAAGUAGAUGGCGGCACACCUGUCACUACUGGUGGAGAUGGUGCUCCUAAAGAGGGUACCAAGAGAUUUCGCAAGGGGGGACCGAAAUCCCGGAACGCCUGUGUUGUAUGCAAGAUACGACGAGUAAAAUGUGAUGAAGUCAAGCCCGCAUGCAACAAAUGCACAUCCACUGGACGAAUCUGCGAGGGGUAUGCUCCACCUGUCGCAAAACCAAGCAAGCCUGCACCACGGGCACAACUCAAGCUCCUACCGGGGCCUCGCAUCAUCCCCAACCCCUCGGCUGAGUUGCAGGGAGAUAUCAUCCAACGACGCAGCUUUCACUAUUUUCGAGCUCGUCAUAUGGCUGAGACGCCUGGCAACUUUGAGCCGGCGUUCUGGGAGACUCUCGUGCUGAAGUUUAGCCACAGCUUCCCCACAGUCAAGCAAUCACUUGUUGCUCUGAGCUGUAUGUAUGAAGAGUAUGAGAGGUGUCAUGCUUCGCGGCCUGUGGAUUCCUUUCAAUUCAGCGGCUCGGCCAUUCACCAGUACACCAUCGCCGUACGAGAGUUGGUCAACUACAUUGCAUCAGAUAAGCAGGACAAUACAGUCACUUUAAUAUCAUGUCUGAUAUUCGUAUGGAUUGAACUCCUGCAAGGAAAUUUCCCUGAGGCAUACCGUCACUUGAAGGGUGGAAUGAAAAUUAUCAAUGACACUGGAGCGCCUCAAGAACAAGCGACGUCUACCAUCUCUCGAAAGCGAGAACCGUGCCAUGAUGUCAAAGAAAUUCAAGGCUCACUUAGCCGCUCGUUUGCUCGUUUGAGGAUACAAGCUAUUGUAUGCGGCCAACACAUGCCUGCAUUCUCCCCUCCAUGUUCGAAAGGCGGCCAGGUAUUUUCUUCGAUUCCUCACUCAUUCGGCCACAUCUUCCACUCACGGAUUUACCUGGACAAUGAGUACAGCUGUAUCUUCGAGUUCUUUCGCAGCAUCAAAGAUAUCGAUCAUGAAAAUGAGGAAGAAAUGAGAGCGAUGCAAGAAAGGAAGGACUUCCGUCUGGAGCGACUUAGAAGCUGGGAGGCGGCAAAUGGGAGGAUGGUUGCUGAGUCCGUUCCCGCAGAGGGUCACCCUUAUUCAUCUGGGGUCCUCUAUCUUGACUUGUACUACACCGCCAUCUCAGUCAUCCUGAAGACGAUGUGCGCACCAUCCGAAAUGGUCUUCGACGACUAUUUGAACGAGUUUCAGCACAUCUAUAAUUCCUCCGAACUCCUGAUACAGAAAGCCAUAGCCGGAACUCCAAUGUUGUCUCUCGAUAUGUGUGUCAUCCCACCACUUUGCAUGAUCGUUUGCACGUGUCGCUUUCUCCCGCUACGACUGGAAGCGCUCAAACUACUGGAAUCCACGCCGGAUCGAGAAGGGAUGUGGGAUCGUGUGACGAUUCUCAAAUUGUGUCGGGAGAAGAUCAAUAUCGAGGAGGAAGGCCGAGGAGAUAUGCCUGAGUCGGAGCCACUUCCGGAAGAUGCGAGAAUAUACAGGAAGAGGAUCGUGUACAGGAACAAAGGGAGACACGAUGCAGAGGUUUUGAGAUAUUUUUAUCUUGGUAGAGGACCUGUGGAAGUGGAGUUCUUCGAGAAGGCGGAUUUGACGAAGGGAAUCGUCGACAUCAAGAUACGGAAUGGUGUAGCAGACAUGGUUAAGUAA